UUAACUUCCUGUUUGGAGCAGUUCAGGAAGACGAAGUAAUGGCGACGCUACUGGGGCCCGAGUCCCCUUGGAUGGGAGGAAAGAAACGGACUCGAAACAGGAAUAUUCUCACCAGGAUACGACAGAGUCAGGUCACUGGACGAGGCGUCAGCAGAGGGACGCAGCUCCCAGAAGUUCUUCUUCAGGAGAGAGAUAAGAGGGCGAAAUGGCACGGGAUUCCAGUCUUACUCCAGGAGCUGUACGAGAGCAGCCACUUAAACAGUGACUUCACCCGCUCACAUAUUGUCCUGAAGGAACUGUCAUCCUUGCUGUCUAUGGAGGCCAUGUCUUUUGUGACCGAGGAUAGGAAGACUGCGCAGGAAUCCACCUUUCCCAACACAUACACCUUUGACCUGUUUGGAGGUGUAGAUCUGCUGGUGGAACUUCUGAUGAGACCCACUCUGACAACGCUACAAAAGCCCAAGAUGAAUGAUGACUUGGUUAAGGACUGCCUUAGUGUGCUGUACAACUGCUGCAUAUGUACGGAAGGGGUCACAAAAAACCUGGCAUCGAGGGAUGAUUUCGUCUUAUUUCUCUUCACGUUGAUGACAAAUAAGAAGACCUUUUUGCAAACAGCUACAUUAAUUGAGGAUAUUCUUGGAGUUAAAAAGGAAAUGAUUCAGUUGGAGUGGAUCCCGAACCUGUCAGGACUGGUCCAAAGCUUUGACCAGCAGCAGCUCGCUAACUUCUGUCGUAUCCUCUCCGUCACCAUAUCUGAGCCUGAUGUGGGGAACGAUGACAAACACACACUCCUGGCUAAAAACGCACAGCAGAAACGCAAUACCAGCCCCUCACGUGCCGAGGUCAACCAGGUCACACUCCUGAACAUCCCUGGGUUCAUUGAGCGUCUCUGUAAGUUGGCCACACGGAAGGUGUCCGAGGCAACUGGAACAUCAAACUUUCUGCAGGAACUGGAGGAGUGGUACACUUGGCUCGACAACACACUAGUACUGGAUGCGCUCAUGCAGAUAGCAACUGAUGAAGCUGAGCACAGCAGCACAGAAUCAUCUGAUGAGAGUACGUUGGCCACCAUCCCACUGAGGCAUCGUUUGCCACAGUCCAUGAAGAUCGUUCAUGAGAUCAUGUAUAAGGUGGAGGUGCUGUACGUGUUGUGCGUCCUGCUCAUGGGCCGACAGCGGAACCAGGUGCAUAAAAUGUUGGCAGAGUUUCGUUUGAUUCCUGGACUCAAUAACCUUUUCGACAAGCUCAUCUGGAGGAAAUACACCACCUCUAAUCACGUUGUUCAUGGACAGAAUGAAAACUGUGAUUGCAGUCCGGAGAUUUCAUUUAAAAUCCAGUUUUUGAGGCUCCUGCAGAGCUUUAGUGACCACCAUGAAAAUAAGUACUUACUUCUGAAUGCUCAAGAGCUGAAUGAGUUGAGUGCCAUCUCCCUAAAGGCAAACAUCCCUGAGGUGGAGGCACUAGUAAACACUGACAGGAGUUUAGUGUGUGACGGUAAAAAAGGGCUCCUCACACGGCUCCUCGCGGUUAUGAAAAGAGAACCGCCAGACUCUUCCUUUAGGUUCUGGCAGGCAAGAGCUGUUGAGAGCUUCCUCAGAGGGGCCACAUCAUACGCAGACCAGAUGUUUUUGCUGAAGAGAGGCUUGCUGGAGCACAUCCUCUUUUGCAUCAUCGACAGCGGCUGCAAGUCCAGAGAUGUCCUGCAGAGCUACUUUGACCUGCUCGGAGAGCUUAUGAAGUUCAACAUUGAUGCCUUCAAGAGAUUCAACAAAUACGUCAACACAGAGGAAAAGUUCCAGGUGUUCCUCACCCAGAUCAACAGCUCUCUGGUGGACUCCAACAUGCUUGUCCGCUGUAUUGUCCUAUCUCUUGAUCGAUUUGAGAGCCAGACAGAGGAUGUAAAAGUGGUUGAAGUGCUCUCUGAGUGCUGUCUGCUGUCCUACAUGGCUCGAGUGGAGAACAGGCUGUCCUUCCUUUUUAGGCUGGUUAACAUCAUCAAUGUGCAGACCCUCACACAGGAGAACGUGAGUUGUCUUAACACCAGCCUGGUGAUUCUGAUGCUGGCCCGGAGGAGAGGCAAGCUCCCGUUUUACCUGAACGCCCUGCGGGAGAAGGAAUACACAGAGAAAUAUCCCGGCUGCCUCCUCAACAACUUCCACAACUUGCUGCGCUUUUGGCAGCACCACUACCUCAACAAGGAUAAAGACAGCACCUGCCUAGAGAAUAGUUCCUGUAUUCCCUUCAGUUACUGGAAGGAGACGGUUUCAGUACUGCUCGGAGAGGACAGGACUUCUCCCUGUGCCAUUAUCAGCUACAUAGAUGAGCCUUACAUGGAGCUAGAGCGGGACCUUCUAGAGGAUUGACUCUUCUGGGUGGGCUCGGGGAGGGACUUGCACGUUCAGAUCCGAUUGGGUUCAGAGAGCAUAUAGAACAGCCGCCCGUCUCAUCCGACUGCAUGCUACGGCUCAGAGAGCUGUCCAUUCUCUACUUGGUGCCCAUGUUCCACUUCAUCUCCAGCUCCUGGGUGCAAAGGAACGUCCCGUGAAGGAUCGCCCACCCUGUCAUUCAUUCACUGGGAACGCAGUACCUGGACAGCUCAAGCCAGAGCCGAAACUCUGACCUGAAACUGUCUCAUUGUGUUUUGGUGCCGUUCUUUCAGUGAAAUCGCAUGGGGCCUUUUAUACAGAAUUACACAAAGAAGAAAAUAUUUAGGCUAAAUGUCCGACUUGGAUCAGAAAUCUGUAUCCUCGACUGGGGGCGGUCGAUGAUCUAGUGAUCGAAGAACUGUACAGCCAGCCUUUAAGGAGAUUUUCCUCUGUAAUUUAGAAUGAAAAAAUGCAAAAGAGAAGUGUUGGAUUGUUGAAUGGUGGCUUGGAUGUUACUUUGCCAAGCUUAUUCUAACAUUUAAGAGGUGAACGGCACUCGUGCUUAACUGAUUGAUGUCAAAAUCUUUGUACAGUGUAGAUGAAUGAGAACUGAAAUUGAAUUUGGACAAGUCUUAUUUAUUUUCUCACAUUUCUCUUGUAAUUUUGCGCCCAUGAUGGGAUCAUAAAUCUGUUUUCUUUUCAUAUUGUCCAUUGCUUCUCUCCUUUCGUUAGGUUUUAUCAAGCACAUAUGAAAUAAGACAUUUUCCGUUCUUGUAUUUUAAAUUUUUUGUAUAAAUGAGUUUUUAAUAGGUG